AUGUCCGAUUCAUCCGAAGAAGAAGAUCUUUCACGUUUCAAGGAAGCAGUUGAUAACUCUUUUAUAAGUAUAAUAAAUAAAUCAAGAAUUGAAUUAACAAACGUUAUUAAAAACGAUAAACCUUCCGAUGUAAGAUACCUAGAUGAAUCCGCGCACUACAAUGAUGUAAAGGUACCGGAAGAGCUUCAAAAACGUAUUGGUGAAAAAGUGUCUGCAAUAAUCAAUAAAAAUCAGAAAUUUGUCGAUGUUCUCAGUAAUAAUUCGAGAAAAGAAAACAUGGACGGUGGUGUGAGGUUGUUCAAAAAUUCAGAACAAUAUUUAUCAUGCGAGGAGCCUAAAGACACAUAUACAGAGUCACACAACAUUAAAUAUAAGAAAAUGAAGAAAGAAAAUAGAAAACGAGAUUUCUGUGAUCAUCAAGAUCCGAGUGAGAGUGAAAAAUUCAAGAUGUCUGUGUUGAGUGGAGAGUAUGUGCUGUCGAAGGUGGAAACAAAGAUUUGGAAGUCCAGGCGGAAAGAGAAACUGUUCAGAUAUAGAUCCGACGGCAAAAGCAAUGUUGUUACAGCCAUUGAAUAA